AUGGUUGAUUUUACUAAACCUUUUCUUUCUCUUGGUAUAAGCAUUAUCUUUCGAAUUCCUGAAGAUUUUCAACCGGAUAUAUUUUCUUUUCUUAAUCCUCUUUCAUUAGAAAUUUGGUUUUGUGUUUUACUUUCAAUUUGUGGAUUAACUGUUGGAAUGUAUAUUUGGAACUUAAAUUUCUCAUGUUGUACUGCACACCAACCUUACCCUGCAGCAAAAUAUUCUUCCCCUUCUGGAACAAAUAUUCCAACAAAAGUUGAAUUAUCUAAUAAUUAUUCUUUUUGGAAUACUUUGUGGUAUGUAUUAAGUACAAUGUUAAAAGGAGGUUGUGAUUUUGGACCUAGAGCUGUGUCUACUAGAUUGUUAGGUGCUUCAUGGUGGAUGUUUACACUUGUUAUUGUUAGUGCAUAUACAGCCAAUUUAGCAGCAGUUUUGACUGUAUCUCGCCCUCACAUUCCCAUAAGGGACAUUGACGAUUUAGCUAAUCAAAGUGAUAUUUCAUAUGGAACAAUUAAUGGAGGAUCUACUAUGCAAUUCUUUCAGGAAUCAAAAAUUGCCGCUCAUGCCAAAAUGUGGGCAAGAAUGAAAGAAACAAAAAAAGUUUUUGUUCGUAACAACCGUGAAGGUGUAGAAAAAGUUUUGAGAGAACGUUAUGCAUUUUUAAUGGAAUCAAGUUCAUUAGAAUAUGAAGUACAACAAAAUUGUAAUUUAACACAAAUUGGGGGUGUUUUAGGUUCUAAAGGGUAUGGAAUUGCUUUACAAAAAGAUUCGGAAUGGACUGAUAGAAUUAGUAGGCAAAUACUUUUAUAUCAAAAACGUGGUGUUAUUGAAAUGAAAAAGACAAAAUGGUGGAGAUCAAAAGGUGCUUCAUGCCACGGAGUUGGCUCUUCAGUAAAACAACAACGUAUUUCAUUGAAUUUACAAAAUGUUUCUGGUCUUUUUGUUAUCCUCUCAACAGGAUUAUUUCUUUCAGUAAAUUUUGAAUUUAAAUUUAAAAAAAUUUAG